AUCGUCUUGGACCAUGAUCCUCUCAUCAUGUGGGACGUCUCGGCCUGGUUAGAUGACGCCGAAAACACACCUCCCGCCAGCAGCACACGUGCUAGCAAACGCGCCCGCGACAACAACGACCAACCAGACUUCCGCUGCCAACACUACACUUCGCGCAAGCGUUCGUGUCUCGUCGAUCCCAAAGCCAACCGCAGCGUUCCGCCUCGCGUUGGCAUCAACAACAAGAGUGCCAUGUCCCGCACGCCUUCGCCGAAUAAGCGACGCCCUCUGCGGAGUGACCAGCGCUCCCACGACACCGAUGUGGACGAGACGACAAUGCCAACGCCCGUGGCCCGUCAAUCGCGACGACCAGCUGCCCGCCCCGACAAUCGCUUCGCAACCCAUUUCCCGCCUCCAUCCGACGACGACGUCCGAUCUUACGGCUCCGCCUCGUCGCACUCGACCAAGCACUCGACCCGGUCUAAGAGUCCGAUGAAAGAUGCUGUGGACCUGCGCUUGGCGGACACGUCGAUCCGAUACUGCAGAAGAAGCGACGUAGCUCUGCCAAGGUGCUUGGAUAAUCUCUGUGAGGAGCUGGAGGCCAUUGCGGAGGGCGAUGAGCUGAUACCCGAGACCAUCUGGGCCCGAAUGCGGCAGCAGGGCGAGAGCAAGCUAAAAGCCCGGCACAAAGCUCCCGAGGCCCAGCAACAUCUCCCCCUCGACCACGAGCAUGACUUCCUGCAACUAUGCGACAUCUUGAAAGACGCACUCCGGCAAGAAGACGACAACGCCUCCGAGCCGUCGUGGAAUGCCGAAGUUCACGCACCAGUCCUCCGCGUAGCUCUCAGGCCGCACGAGGAGUCGCUUUACUUCCACAACAUGCAAGUCCAGCCACACGAUCGCACGCCAGCUGUAGAGCUGCAGGCCUCCGAGUCCCGCUUAGUCGACUACUCGAUCAAUCUCACCCCUUCCUACUCGGAGCGCGCCGUCAUCGAGACCUUCCUCAAAAGGCAGCCACAUAGCCAUGCCACUAUUACGCAAACCAUGUACGCUGCCGUGCGCGUGCGCCCUUACAUCGCCUCUAUCGAAACUAAGACCGUCUCUGAAUUCGACAAGGCGAAAAACCAGCUCGCCGUCUGGAGCGCCGCACACCUCGCGCGCCUCAACGAAAAUGCGGUCGACAUCGUCAAUGCGAACAUUACACUUGGUGCUACGGACAGCCUGCUGGAUCUGUAG